CCCCGGCGUGGCUCAGGGGGCGGCGUUUGUGCGGGAGGGGCCGAGGCACCUAGUGGAAGGAGGCGAGGUAGGGGGUUAUAGGAAGCCAAGCUCCCGGAGCGUGCGCGUGCGUGCCGCUCGAGGGGAGGGGGGAAAAGAGGACAGGAGGUACGAAGAGAUGGCGCCCGCGCCCGCGCCCGCGCCCGCGUGUACGGGAGCGCGCCUUCUGCUUUGGACUGUCUUCCUCUGAUUCUGGCCCCUUUUCCUCACGAUCCGUCGAGGAGGCGGGGCGCGCCUGCGCAUCUCACUUCCUUGACACGGAAGGGGCGGGGAACGGGGGACGAAGAGGAAAAUCGACAGGGUAGCUGAGGCGCGCACGAGGGGCCUCUGGGCCGAGGGGGGGAAGGGCGGGCAGACAGGCAAACGCGCGCGGCGGAUUGAAGGAGGGGUGUGCAGCAGCGGAGGCGCGGCCAGAGGGCGAGCGAGCGCGGGAUAGAGGCGGGCACGCGCGCCAGCUUCCCCAUACUCGGUGGCGGCGUCUUUGUUCCGUGUGGAGUAGGGAGGACUCGAGAGCCAGCGACGGGCCCCGGCCCCGGCAGAGUAGGGGGGAGCGCUGGGGACGCGGUGCUGCCGGUGGCGGCGGCGGCUCCUCCUCCCAGGUCCAGUAGGCAGUAGGAGACUAUUUUGAGCAACUUCUUUGAAGAUGUCUACUCCAGAUCCACCCCUGGGAGGAACACCUCGGCCAGGACCCUCUCCUGGGCCUGGCCCAUCCCCUGGUGCUAUGCUGGGCCCUAGUCCUGGACCCUCACCUGGUUCUGCACACAGCAUGAUGGGCCCCAGCCCUGGGCCACCUUCGGCAGGACAUCCCAUACCUCCUCAGGGUCCUGGAGGCUAUCCUCAAGAUAACAUGCAUCAAAUGCAUAAGCCAAUGGAGUCCAUGCAUGAGAAGGGAAUGUCGGAUGAUCCUCGAUAUAACCAGAUGAAAGGGAUGGGAAUGAGGUCUGGGGGACAUACAGGGAUGGGGCCUCCUCCAAGUCCAAUGGAUCAGCAUUCUCAAGGUUAUCCCUCUCCUCUGGGUGGCUCUGAACAUGCCUCAAGUCCUGUUCCAGCUAAUGGCCCAUCUUCAGCCCCACAGAUGUCAUCUGGUCCUGGUGGGGUACCACUAGAUGGUAGUGACCCACAAGCAUUAGGACAACAGAAUCGUGGCCCAACGCCUUUUAAUCAAAACCAGCUGCAUCAACUCAGAGCUCAAAUUAUGGCUUAUAAAAUGCUGGCCAGAGGACAGCCUCUACCAGAUCACCUGCAAAUGGCAGUGCAGGGGAAAAGACCAAUGCCAGGAAUGCAGCAGCAAAUGCCGACACUACCUCCACCCUCUGUAUCUGGGACAGGACCAGGACAAGGACCAGGCCCUGGACCUGGGCCUGGUCCAGGACCCGCACCUCCAAAUUAUAACAGACCUCAUGGUAUGGGAGGGCCGAAUAUGCCCCCUCCUGGACCCUCAGGAGUUCCCCCAGGAAUGCCUGGACAGCCUCCUGGUGGACCCCCAAAGCCCUGGCCUGAAGGACCCAUGGCAAAUGCUGCAGCCCCCACUAGCACACCUCAGAAACUGAUUCCUCCCCAGCCAACUGGGCGUCCUUCACCAGCACCCCCUGCAGUACCUCCUGCAGCUUCUCCUGUAAUGCCUCCACAAACACAGUCCCCUGGGCAGCCAGCCCAGCCUGCCCCUAUGGUUCAGCUCCAUCAGAAACAGAAUCGAAUCACUCCUAUCCAGAAGCCAAGAGGACUUGAUCCAGUAGAAAUUUUGCAGGAGAGAGAGUAUAGGUUACAGGCCCGGAUUGCCCACCGAAUUCAGGAACUUGAAAACCUUCCUGGGUCCCUGGCUGGAGACUUAAGAACAAAAGCAACCAUUGAACUCAAAGCACUCAGACUGCUAAACUUUCAGAGACAGCUACGUCAGGAAGUUGUGGUAUGCAUGAGAAGAGACACAGCCCUGGAAACUGCACUGAAUGCCAAGGCUUACAAACGUAGUAAGCGACAGUCCCUUCGUGAGGCUAGAAUAACAGAGAAACUGGAGAAGCAGCAAAAGAUUGAACAAGAGCGGAAACGCAGGCAAAAGCACCAGGAAUACCUCAAUAGCAUUCUUCAACAUGCCAAGGAUUUUAAAGAAUAUCAUCGAUCUGUCACUGGCAAAAUCCAAAAACUUACAAAAGCAGUGGCUACAUACCAUGCCAAUACUGAGCGGGAGCAGAAGAAAGAGAAUGAGCGGAUUGAGAAGGAGAGGAUGAGAAGACUGAUGGCUGAAGAUGAAGAAGGAUAUAGGAAGCUAAUUGACCAGAAGAAAGAUAAGCGCCUUGCAUACUUACUUCAGCAAACAGAUGAAUAUGUGGCUAACCUGACAGAACUGGUCCGACAACACAAGGCUGCACAGGUUGCUAAGGAAAAAAAGAAGAAAAAGAAAAAGAAGAAGGCAGAGAAUGCAGAAGGGCAGACACCUGCAAUUGGACCAGAUGGAGAGCCUUUGGAUGAAACCAGUCAGAUGAGUGAUCUCCCUGUGAAAGUGAUCCAUGUAGAAAGUGGGAAAAUCCUCACUGGCACAGAUGCCCCCAAAGCAGGACAAUUAGAGGCAUGGCUUGAAAUGAAUCCAGGGUAUGAAGUAGCUCCAAGAUCUGACAGUGAAGAGAGUGGCUCAGAAGAGGAGGAGGAGGAAGAGGAGGAAGAGCAGCCACAACCAGCGCAGCCCACCCUUCCUGUGGAUGAAAAGAAAAAGAUCCCAGAUCCAGACAGUGAUGAUGUCUCUGAAGUGGAUGCAAGACAUAUUAUUGAGAACGCCAAGCAAGAUGUUGAUGAUGAGUAUGGUGUUUCCCAGGCUCUUGCUCGUGGUCUGCAGUCAUAUUAUGCAGUGGCCCAUGCAGUCACUGAAAGGGUGGACAAACAGUCUACACUUAUGGUCAAUGGGGUACUUAAACAAUAUCAGAUUAAGGGUUUGGAGUGGCUGGUGUCCCUAUAUAAUAAUAAUCUGAAUGGGAUCCUGGCAGAUGAAAUGGGCCUCGGCAAAACUAUCCAGACAAUUGCUUUAAUUACAUACCUCAUGGAACACAAGCGUAUCAACGGACCAUUUCUCAUCAUAGUACCUCUUUCAACUCUGUCAAAUUGGGCAUAUGAAUUUGAUAAGUGGGCUCCUUCUGUGGUGAAGGUCUCCUACAAGGGCUCUCCAGCAGCAAGAAGAGCUUUUGUACCUCAGCUUCGGAGUGGAAAAUUCAAUGUCUUGCUAACUACGUAUGAAUAUAUUAUAAAAGAUAAGCACAUUCUUGCCAAGAUUCGUUGGAAGUACAUGAUUGUAGAUGAAGGUCACAGGAUGAAGAAUCACCAUUGUAAGCUAACACAGGUCCUAAACACACACUAUGUAGCUCCCCGCCGCCUGCUGUUGACGGGGACGCCUCUGCAGAACAAGCUGCCCGAGCUGUGGGCACUGCUCAACUUCCUCCUCCCUACCAUUUUUAAGAGCUGCAGCACCUUUGAGCAGUGGUUCAAUGCUCCCUUUGCCAUGACAGGAGAGAAGGUAGACCUGAAUGAAGAAGAAACUAUUCUUAUUAUCCGGCGUUUACACAAAGUGCUACGUCCUUUCCUGCUCAGACGGUUAAAGAAAGAAGUUGAAGCCCAGUUACCUGAAAAGGUAGAGUAUGUGAUCAAGUGUGAUAUGUCUGCACUGCAGCGAGUCCUCUAUCGGCACAUGCAAGCCAAGGGUGUGCUCCUGACGGAUGGCUCAGAGAAGGACAAGAAGGGCAAGGGUGGCACCAAGACCCUGAUGAACACCAUCAUGCAGCUAAGAAAGAUCUGUAACCAUCCUUACAUGUUCCAGCACAUAGAGGAGUCAUUUUCUGAGCACUUGGGAUUUACUGGAGGCAUUGUCCAAGGCCUUGAUUUAUACCGAGCCUCUGGAAAAUUUGAACUCCUAGAUCGAAUUCUUCCCAAGCUCCGAGCAACCAACCAUAAAGUGCUACUCUUUUGCCAAAUGACCUCCCUCAUGACCAUUAUGGAAGAUUAUUUUGCAUAUCGUGGUUUUAAAUACCUCAGACUUGAUGGAACCACAAAAGCUGAAGAUCGUGGUAUGUUGUUGAAAACUUUCAAUGAACCAGGCUCUGAGUAUUUCAUUUUUCUCCUGAGCACUCGGGCCGGGGGUCUUGGGCUGAACCUCCAGUCUGCAGAUACUGUGAUAAUUUUUGACAGUGACUGGAAUCCUCACCAGGACCUGCAAGCACAGGACCGUGCCCAUCGAAUUGGGCAGCAGAAUGAAGUUCGAGUCCUCCGUCUUUGCACAGUCAAUAGUGUGGAAGAGAAAAUCUUGGCUGCAGCCAAAUACAAGCUAAAUGUUGAUCAGAAAGUGAUCCAGGCUGGUAUGUUUGACCAGAAAUCCUCCAGCCAUGAGAGAAGAGCUUUCCUCCAGGCAAUCCUAGAGCAUGAGGAACAGGAUGAGAGCAGACACAGCACGGGCAGCGGCAGUGCAAGCUUCGCCCACACUGCCCCUCCGCCAAUGUGCCUCAACCCUGACUUGGAGGAACCACCUCUAAAGGAAGAAGAUGAAGUUCCAGAUGAUGAAACCGUUAAUCAGAUGAUUGCCCGACAUGAGGAGGAAUUUGAUCUUUUCAUGCGCAUGGAUUUGGACCGUAGGCGAGAGGAAGCUCGAAACCCCAAAAGAAAACCACGCCUGAUGGAAGAAGAUGAGCUUCCAUCUUGGAUCAUUAAAGAUGAUGCUGAAGUUGAGAGGCUGACCUGUGAGGAGGAGGAAGAAAAGAUGUUUGGACGCGGCUCCCGCCACCGGAAAGAAGUCGACUACAGCGACUCACUGACCGAGAAGCAGUGGCUCAAGGUAUAUACUGCCAUAGAGGAAGGUACACUGGAGGAAAUCGAGGAAGAAGUCCGGCAGAAGAAGUCAUCUCGGAAACGCAAACGGGACAGUGAUGCUGGCUCUUCAACACCAACAACCAGCACUCGAAGCCGUGACAAGGAUGAUGAUAGCAAAAAGCAAAAGAAACGUGGCAGACCCCCUGCUGAAAAGCUCUCCCCAAACCCACCAAACCUCACCAAGAAAAUGAAGAAGAUUGUGGAUGCUGUGAUCAAAUACAAAGACAGCAGAGUGACGAGCAGUGUGUAAUGUGUAGAAGCUUCUCCACACUAGCCCCAAACAACAUGGCUUAGAGCUGUUGGCCUAUGGAAGAGCCAUUUCCAAAUGCAACAUGUUGUUCAAAUGGCCAGACUUAUCCUCAUCUAUAAGGAAUGCUCUACAAACGUUUUUUAAAAAAAGUCUUCUUGGCCGAAAGUGAAAUGGACACUAAAGAAGCUCAAUCUGGUCUAAUUCUCCUUCCAUCUCCCGAGACAACAGCAUCUUCAGCAAAGCAUCCAUAAUUGGUCAUGAGGAAUUGUAACAGCUGCCCUCUCUGAAGGCAGGAUGCCCCUCCAAGGAGCUGGCAGCCUUUGGUCUGAGCUUUGACAAGACUCAUAUUGUCUACUAGUGAACCAUUAUCAGCCACCGGAAAUAUAUCUUACAUAGAUAGUUUUUAAAGGACUGAGACCAGAAGGUGGCAAUCUCUAACCAGAUAUCUUUCAAACUAGAAGCAUGAACAUUCUUACAGCAAUAGAAAACACCAGCAAAUUGCUAAUGGACAGAUCCUAGGAGAAAGAAGCUGAGUAUUUUAGGAACGACCCAACCUUUCUUUUCUCUCCUAGGAGCUUUGAUCACUACAAAAUAUACUAUACUCGCUGAAAAACAUGAUUUCUUCUACUACCAGACUCAAGGUCUAAUGUAGCCCUGGCUUUGGUAACUGAAGAUAUAGGGAACAUGAAGCAGGUCAGGGUUGCUGGAGGGAGGGAAGCCACUUUUGUGGCCCCAGCACAUGUCCUCAUGGCAUCUCAGACCAAGGAGCCCGGUGGGAGUUUGGGACCACUACUCUCUCUGUGGCUAAUAACUCAGAAGCAGGCAAAAAAGAGAGCAGGCUCACAGCAGCACCAAAUCGCAGGACAAUCCAGUAGGAGCGAGAGGCACUAGGAAAGUUUACCAGAAUCUUUAAAAGAAGUUAAUAUAGCUGAGACUCUUAAAAUAUCCUAAAGCAUAAGGAGUGCUGCAACUAAGUAUAUUCAGCCACAGAAUGCCCCAAAGUGUUUAAGCAACAAGUGGCUGCCUCUAACUCAGAUGGUGCCCUUUAGCCAAAGAGCCUAGACUAAAGCCAUUGUAUGUUGAGAAUUUAAGACAGUUUGUGAGGGGAGUGGAAAAGCAGAGGACUUAGCCCCCAGAAGAGCUGGGUUUGCAUUCUGUUCUUGAACUUAGUGGUGGUAUGGCUGGGCAAAUCACUGAACUUGUCCAGAGUUUAUAUAGUCAUCUGUAUAAUGGAGAGAAGAGGCUCAGAGACCUUUAGAACUAGAUGGGAACAUGCAGAGAUCAUCUUAGAUUAUACCUUUUAGUUUACAGAUGAGGAUAUUCAGCACCAGGCAGGCCGUGACUUGCUCACAUUAACACUUGUCCUCCUUAACUGCCUUGAACUGAAGAUCAAAUGCAAUAGAAUGUAGGUAUGUGAACCUUAAAACAUUAUAUAAAUGUAAGUUAUUUCAAUUUGUGUACAAAAGACAAUCAAAUGAAAGAAUUUAUUACAAAGUGGAAAGGAUUUUGUUAACAUGCUGCUGUAAAUGACAUGUGAACUUAAUGGACAAUAUUGUUGCAUUGUAAGUAAUGAAGAAUGUGAGUAAUUCAGAGAAACACAAGAAUACUUGUAUGAACUGAUUCCUAGCAAAGAGCGGACCUGCGGGAGAGCAAUGUACAUAGAGAUAAACACCGAAGAUGAAUCUGGAAGGCAUCUGGUGAAUCCAAAAUCCCUGCACUGAUGACCGGACAUUGGUUCCCUCUGACUGAAGCUCAAACACAUUGCCUUUCUCCCUUCUAAGAAAUGGUAAACCACCAGCAUGGGAUGGACAUACUUGGCCACUUGCCAUCACUACGUUGGACAGUUUGACUUAACUGGUUUUUUAGUCCCUGUUUUUCAAGAAGUUCUGCUUGGGGAGAGGGUGAUUGUUGGGGAAUGAUUGUUGUAUAAAAGCAAACUACAUGCCAAAAAGAAAAAUCUUUUACAAUUUUGUAAAGAUUGUUAUUGUUGCCGCAAGCUGCAGUAAAUCUCAUUUCCAUCUCAUUUGGAAGCAGGAAUGCAAAGAAGGGGGCAGCAUAGUUGGGCUAAAGCAUCACUGGAAAGGGACUAUAGAAAUCAUUUAGUUCAGUGAAGGGAAGUCACUUGGGGAGAGUGUGUCAGUGUCAUAAUAGUAAAUAGUCCCCUCCAAAUAGUUCUAUGUUCUUUCUGUUCUAUUGUGGGAAUCACCACUAGGUCAUUCAACCUUAGAGAGGAAGCCUUGGGGCAAUGACCAAAGAGUUAGACUGAGUCAGGGAAAUCUGUGUUCAAGUCUGUGAUGCUGAACAAAUCACUCGACUGCUUUCAACCCCAGUUUUCCCAUCUGUAAAAUGAGACAAAUAGUAUUUGCCCCAUAUGGUUGUUAAGAAGCUGAAAUUAGAUAAAGCAUAUACACCAACUUGCACACUUUUAAAGCAUGAGCUGCUGGUAUUGUUUGAAAGGACAGUUUUGCAGAUGUGGGAAACUGAGAGCUUGAAAAGACUAACAUGUUCCAUAAAGCCAUUCUUCUUCACAUAACUGGCCCAGGAAUACUGCCCAGAAUCCUACUUGGCAAAGCCUUUCUCAGUAUGUGUGGGCAUAACCUCUGUACAAAUGUAGCUUUGAUUCAUGUUUCUCACCUGUUACUGAAGCAUAUGAAAGCAAUUUGUAUUGGAAAGUCAAGAAAUAAAAACACCAAUGAGUAGAGGAACGUGUCUCGAUCUGGGCAGACCUUCAGUUUACCGAAGUCCAGGGAAAUCAUACUCAGGAAGCCUCAGAAGUAGCUGAUACUGCCACCUCCCAAAGUGACACUGAGGAAGAGCCUGGGUGUGAGCAGGGAGUUUGGAGAGUUAGUGUUCUUAAAGCCCUCCAUUACUUUUCUGGAACUGAGCAAUCGCGGUUACUUGCUUGAUGCUGGACAGGAUCCAAUGCCCAUAGAACACCAAACUUGCCUUGCUUUAUUCUGACGGUCGCCUGUAUUCUUUGUGUUUGCCUGCUUCUCCUAAACUGGCAGAAACUACAAGAUAACAGUUCCGUGGAAGCCUAGCCACUGAUGCCUCCAUUUGUAACAAAAAAAAAAUAAAAAAUUCAAAAGUUAAACAAA